AUGGAAUUUGUCCAGCUUCUGUUCACGGAUAAAACCAUCUCGUGUUCUAGAGAAUCUGGCGACCUUGCCAGCCAUCGCCGGCAGUCCCUAGCUCCAACAGCUUCGACGGCAAAGUUGAAGAUGUUAAGAAGAGCGAACAGCACUGACAGCAACUCAAUACCUUUAAGCCCGACGGCAAAGAAAAAGACGGGUAGCCGUAUGGGUUUCACAAGGGCUAAGAAGAAUUUGAAAGCGUUAUUCGGUCGACGAAGUGUUAGCAUUAAUGAAGAAGAUGGGGUUGAUGUUGAGCAUCCGGUGAGUAACGAGUUAUCUCCUCCUGCUACGCAGGAACAUCACCUCAAAGUUUCCCGACUUCACAGGCAGGAGGCGUGUGCAGUUUGCAAUCGGCAUCUGAGCGGUUUCAUCACUCAAGCCUACAAGUGCUCCCAAUGCAAGCUCUGCUUUCACAAAGAGUGCUCGUCUUUUGCCAAGUCCCUUCCCUGCAGUCCUUCGUCACCGAUAAGGUCGCCCACGAGGUUUGGCUCGCCCCGAAGAGCCUGGGAUAUUGUAAGUAAACCGCGGCCGUCGAUGGCAAACGAAACGGCCUCCAGCUACUCCCGAUCCUUCAACCUCAACAAAACCAAGCAACAGACCGAUCCGGGUAACAUGAUCGUGGAAUCGACAGAGGAUUUGCGCCAGUUCAGUGUGUUCAUAUUUAAAAAGCAAAUGAAUCUGGACCAGAAGAAGAGCAAAAGGGACACGGUCGUCGACGCCCUUUUCAAGAAAUCGCUACGAGAGUUCCACAUGGAACUCAUCGGCUAUGAAGCAGUGCUCAAUGAGGAACGAGCAGUGCUGAAGUAUCGCGAUUUGAUCACAACGUUCGAGGGAGUGCUCACGAAGGUAUGUAAGGAGGAGAAGGUGUCCUUUCCAACGACGUUGGGAGUAAAUGCCUUCAGGAAAAGUGGAUCAUUAGCUCAGGUGCGAAGUAUACGACGGAUUAUAGAAACCGCACCAGAUCUCGACUCCGUCUCCUUAGAAGAUGUGCAGGUUCAUGUGUUGACGACGCUCGUGAAGGCUUUCCUUCGAGAAAUGCCUGAACCGCUGAUCACUUUCGACCUUUAUGAGAAUUUUCUCAACGUCUCUGAAGUCGACGAUGGAAUAGAACGGGGAAGGUGCUUGGCAGUGAUGAUCGACCUGCUCCCAAAGACCAAUCGUGGCCUCCUCGACAGGCUUAUGUUCCAUUUAGCGAGGGUGGCCCAUCAGGAAGCGGUAAAUAAAAUGGGACCCUCAAAUCUUGCCCUUAUCUUCGGCCCAUGUAUACUGAGGAGGCAGGACAAUGUGCAUGCCCAGGAGCAACUCAACGACGUUUCGAGGCAGGCCAUCUGCGUUCAAACGUUGAUCGAAGAGAAGCUAAGGCAGUACAAGGCGACCCUCAUCAACAUUGUUGAGUUGGAAGAUGCCAGUCAGAAGGUCAGCGCGAAUCUGCGUCGAAUAGAGGAGCACCAACAGCUCGACGAGGCUGUGGAGAACAUCGGAACGGCUAAACAGCUCUUCGAAGAACAACUGGACUUCCUCGGCAGGCAAAAGUACGUUUCCAUAGUUCAAACUGCCGCGAAUGUGGUUAAUUUUAUUCGUUUCAGGGAACGAUUACUUCAGGAGUUACCUCCACUGGCCCCAGUUGCUUCUUCAGAAGAUCUGUCUUCCUCAGAUGAACACUCCUCAGGCAUUACCCGAGAGGAAUACGCCAUUGACAUGGAUGCACCGCCUGUGUUCGGCGUCUUGUACCAUGCAUGCAAAUAUCGAGCACCUCCUCCGAAAGGGCGACGACCUCCAUCACGGUUUCAACGCUCUCCUGCUGUAGUAUUCUACACUCCAUUACCCGAUUAG